UCUUUUUUUUUUUCCUUCUUCUUUUUUUCAUUUCAAUGCAAAUGCAUCGUCUGAGCGUCCUAGCAGCGCUGCUGAUGCUGCUUGGCUUGGCUGCAACUGCGCGCGCCAUGGUCAUUCCCGGCGUCCCUGCCGUCGAGUACAAUGAUCUCGAUCCGGUCUUUUUCGUGGUCAACCGCCUCGACUCGGACGAGGAGGCGUUCGCGUAUGAAUACAAGCACUUUGACUUUUGCCCCGUGCUCGAAGACAAUGAUGUUCCCGAAAACCUCGGCGAAUCUGUCUUUGGCGAUCGCUUCCACGUCUCGUCCCUGAAGACAAACUUCAAGAACAACGUCGCGUGCCAGCUGUUGUGCACGAAAAAGUACAACUUGAAGGACGAAAACUCAAAGACGGCGAUUGCCAACCUCGCCACGGCCAUCGAGAAGGUGUACCUGCACCACUGGUCGGUCGACUCCCUCCCUGUUGCGGAGGUGGCUACGUCGCACGACGAAGAGACCUACCAGCUGGGCUUCCGCGUUGGCAGCGUCAACUCGCGCGUUCCCGCCAACGACCCGACGCAUCUGCGCCUUUACAACCACUACGAUCUGCAGGUCGAUGUCAACGGCGACCACCGCAUUGUGGGUGCCAGCAUCAAGAUCCGUAGCAUUGAGCAUUCCGACGCCGAGAUUGCCAACAACAAGUUUGAGUGCCCUGCAACGGCCAAAGAACAGUUCCUGUACACUCGCGCCACCGACUCGAUGGACUCGUACCGCGUCGUCUACACGUACUCUGUGACGUAUGUCAAGAGCGACGUCACUUGGGCCACCCGUUGGGAUCACUACCUCAAGAUCAAGGACCAGCGCGUCCACUUGUUCAGCAUCAUCAACUCGCUUGUCAUUGUCGUCCUGCUGUCGUUCAUGAUUGCCAUGAUUCUGCUCAAGACCCUGCACAAGGACAUUGCUCGCUACAACAAGACUGAUGCCAACUACGAGGAAGCCGAGGAAGAGUUUGGCUGGAAGCUGUGCCACGGCGAUGUUUUCCGCCCUCCCCGGCAAGCGCUGCUUCUCUCCGUCUUCUCUGGCAUUGGCAUGCAGCUUCUCGUGAUGGGCUUUGUGGCCAUUUUCCUUGCCUGCAUCGGCAUUCUGUCCCCCGCCAACCGCGGCUACCUUUCCACGGCUGCUCUCGCCUUCUACGUCACUCUGGGUGGUGUGGCCGGCUACUCGUCUGCUCGCGAGUACAAGAUGCUUGGUGGCGAGCGAUGGAAGUUGAAUGUUCUCUUGUCGGCGCUGCUCUUCCCUGGUGUCACUUUCAUCAUUAUGACCAUUCUCAACCUCGUUCUUUGGCACCGCGAAUCGUCCAACGCCAUUUCGUUGAGCGCCAUGUUCGAGCUGCUCGCAAUGUGGCUGCUCGUCUCGGCGCCGCUGUGCUUUGUGGGCGCCUAUUUCGGCUUCCGCCGCCCAGCCAUCACGCACCCUCUCCGCACCAACCCAAUCCCGCGCCAAAUCCCAAUCCAGCCCGUCUAUCUGCGCACCAUCCCAGCCAUUCUUGUUGGCGGCAUUCUGCCGUUUGGUGCCAUUUUCAUCGAGCUGUACUUUAUCUUUUCGAGCAUUUGGUCGCACCUCAUGUACUACAUGUUUGGCUUCCUGUUCCUGGUCGCCAUCAUCUUCCUCGUGACGUGCUCGGAGGUCUCCAUUCUCCUGGCAUACUUCCAGCUCUGCUCUGAAAACUACCACUGGUGGUGGCGCUCCUUCCUGUCGGCGGCCUCGACGUCCUUCUACCUGUUUAUUUAUGUGCUCUUCUUUUACAUUCGUCUGCCCUCCGACCGCCUGGUUGGCGUUGAGAACGCCGUCAUCUACUUUGGCUACUCGAUCAUCAUUUGCAUGUUCGUGUUCUUCGCAACUGGUGUCAUUGGCCACUAUGCGUGCUUUUACUUUGUGCGCAAGAUUUACGGCUCCAUCAAGGUGGAUUAAUCGUUUUCUUUCGACGACACAAACCCGCAUUAUUGUUGGCUGAUUUAUUUCUUGUUUCUUGUUUCUGGUUUUGUUGUUGUUGUUGUUGUUGCUCUUGUUGCUCUUGUUGCCCUUGUUGUUGUUAUCGAUAAUGUCGUGCGUUUCAGUUGCUGCAGUGGGUGCUUUCAAGUGUUCUUUGUUAUAUUUUGAAUGCAAAGUACCUCGGCAA